UCUUCAGUAUUUUAUUUAGGUCAAGUGCAGGCUGUAACUUUUCUAUUUUUGUAUCAAUCAGGAUGCCAGCUUUUGCUAUAUCCUGGUGCAUUUAACAUGACAACAGGUCCAGCUCAUUGGGAGUUGUUACAGCAAGCUCGAGCCUUAGACAACCAGGUGUAUGUAGCCUGCAUUUCCCCAGCCAGGGAUGAAAACCACAGUUAUGUAGUCUGGGGUCAUAGCACUGUUGUUAAUCCUUGGGGCAAAGUCAUAGCAACUUGUGACCAUACUGAACAGAUUGUUUAUGCUGAUAUUGAUCUCAACUACUUGAAUGAUGUGAGACAACAGAUUCCUCUGACCAAACAGAAAAGAGAUGACUUAUACAGUCUUUUCAGCUACUUAGAUGAACAGCAGACUGUUUAAUACACCAGAAAAAUUGGACUGAUAGAUUUAACGAUUUCUUUUUGGAAAAAGUGACUGAAUUAUUGGCACGUCCCAUAUAUGAUCAGUGUUGUGUAAUAUGAUAUCAUGUGGAUAAAACUGUGCCCACACCAUAUAUCAGAAAUACUGUACUUGUAUGCAUGCUUGCAUUUGUGAUUUCUAACAAGUUAAGAACAGCAAGAUUUUUGCAAUUUAAUUAGAACUACGUUGAGUUCAGAUUAGUUUUUGAUGGAUAAGAUGAAAUAAUGUGAAACAAAGUAUUUUUUAACUUGUAUUAAUUUUCAAUAAUCUAAAAUAAGGAAAAAGCUAAUCAUUAUAAUCUCCUAUUGUAAGCUAUUCAAUAAUUAAUGGGCUGUCAGAACCUAUGUGGUAAUAUACUCUAAAUAUUUUCACCUCCAUUAUCAUUGUUAAUUUCGUUCACAGAAAAAAGUUCAUCUUAUAUUAAAUUGAUUAUGUGACAUAACACCUGUAACUAUAGUUGUGGUAUGCAAAAUAGCUUUGUGUUCAGAUUUUAAUAAAAAAAUAAUGUGAAAGAUUUUCCUAAAUUUUUAUGCUCUAAAAUGUAUUUCUGAAAUUAUUUUUACAAAAGAAUUGUCAGGAAAAUUAUUGUUAUAUUGUAUUUUGUGAAAUAAAUGGUUGUGCAGCAUGGGUCAA